AGAAUCUCACUCCAACUCACACAUAGAAUCACUGUCGUCUAUUUUUGCACUUGCAAUGCCGGGCUCCUGAGACCAAUCGAAACGGCCUCACUUCGACGGCAUCCAUGACUUUGAGCUCCGACUCCCGCACUCCUCUGGAGUGGAAGUUCUCUCAGGUCUUCGGCGAACGACCUCACGGAGAGGACGUCCAAGACGGUUAGGACCUCUCUGUUUGUGCGUGUUUGGUUACUGAGAUGAACUGUAGCAAACGAAAUUAAAGUUGACCUUGAGCUUUCUUUGCUAUGGUUUCGGACCUGGGGGAAGUUAAAUUCUUACUCGGCCGGGGAAAGUUGUCUUGUAGCACAACGUUUCGGUUCAGGCAGAUUAUGCUAUUUACUCAAUAGUUGAAGGAACAAAAAACUCAAGAAUAUCAUCUUGAAGAUGGUUUUUGAAAUUAGUCCGAUACAUGGCUUAGCAUAGUUGAGCUUCAAAAGCAACUGAUGACACGAGGACAAUUUUUUUUUGUUUUUUGUUUUCCUUCCAUUUUCUCAGCAACCAUGCAAACCUUAAUUUUAACUAAUUUCUGAAAUGUUUGAUGUCGAUGUCAUAUCCACGAUAGCUUUCCAGAAGAGUGGUGAUUACCUCGCUGUUGGAGAUCGGGGUGGCCGUGUUGUAAUUUUCGAAAGGAAGGAUGAGAAAGAUACCUCAAACCAGCACCUUUCUAGAGAUGAGUUGGAGCAGUUGGAUUUUAGUUUCACACACCAUCCUCAAUACCAAUAUAAGACCGAGUUCCAGAGUCAUGAGCCUGAGUUUGAUUACUUGAAGAGUUUGGAAAUUGAAGAGAAAAUCAACAAUGUGAGAUGGUGUGCAACACAGAAUGGAUCACUAUUCGUCCUUUCAACAAAUGAUAAGACGAUUAAACUGUGGAAGGUCAAGGAACAUAGAGUGAAGAAAGUAAAAGAAAUGGACCCUAAUCCACUUCUGUGUUCAGAGAAUGCACUUUUGGCUGAAAGGAGUUUCAUGAAUGAACAUGACAAAACAUCUGUUGAUAAUGGGCAUAAUGUGGAAUGGACUGAAAAGAUGGCGACAAACAUGUUGCCAUCUCAAGGAGUGUAUUCCAAGAUUGCUAAUAUUGAAGACACUACUCGUACAAGAUGUCGAAAGGUGUAUGCCCAUGCUCAUGAUUUUAACAUCAACUCCAUCUCCAAUAAUAGUGACGGCGAGACAUUUAUUUCCUCAGACGACCUUAGAAUAAACUUGUGGAACCUUGAGAUUAGUAAUCAGUGUUUCAAUAUCAUUGACAUGAAGCCCUCAAACAUGGAGGACCUUACUGAGGUCAUAACAUCAGCUGAAUUCCAUCCAAUUCACUGCAAUCUGCUUGCAUACAGUAGCUCUAGAGGUUUUAUACGUCUGGUUGACAUGCGGCGUUCAGCCUUAUGUGACCACAGUGCAAGAAUAUUACAAGAUGGAGGGUCCCACGGGUUUAAAUCAUUUUUUACCGAGAUCAUUGCUUCCAUCUCUGAUAUAAAGUUUUCAAAUGAUGGGCGACACAUCUUAAGUCGUGAUUACAUGAAUCUAAAGCUGUGGGACAUGCGUAUGGAUUCAUCACCAGUUGCAACAUUCAAGGUUCAUGACCACUUGCACCCCAAGUUAUGCGACUUGUAUAAUAACGACUCCAUAUUUGAUAAAUUUGACUGUUGUGUCAGUGGAGAUGGAAUUCAUUUUGCAACUGGAUCUUAUAGCAAUCUUUUACGUAUUUUCUCCCAUGGUGUUGGAGGUGCAGAAGGGAUCACUAUAGAAGCUAGCAAAAGUCCCAACAGGAAGCCACUUCGUGGUGCUGCUCCAAGGGCUAGAAGGUCAUCCUUACGCAAUCUGACACGUGGAUUUUAUCGCCUUGGGCAUGAAAACUCAAGCUCGAGUGCUAAUGAAUUUUCUUCUAACUUAAGCUCCAAGCUGCUACAUAUGGCAUGGCAUCCAACGACAAACUUAAUUGCUUGUGCUGCUGGCAAUAGCUUGUUCAUGUACUAUGCAUAGUUUCGUGUACAGUUGUGCUCCUAGCAUUGAAAGACGGCCUUGAAUCAAAUAAUACCAAAGAGUUGUGUGCAUAUUUCUUAUCUUUCUGGUUCAACAAAUUUUACUUGCAUGUAUAUUAAUUGAACGGAAAAGAAGAAAAAGAUGCAGAAUGUAAAGCAGCUUUCUCUA